AUGCAUCGUUUCCCAGAUGGACGAAUCAAGGCAAUUGCUCAUGCUUCCAAGACGCUGUCGUCGGCAGAGCAAAACUACGGGCAAAUUGAAAAAGAGGCGCUCGCUCUGGUCUUUGCUGUCACCAAGUUCCACCGCAUGCUGUUGGGACGAAGGUUCAAGCUGCAGACUGACCAUCAGCCACUCGUGAAAGUCUUCGGGUCGAAGAAAGGCAUUCCCAUUCACACGGCCAACCGGCUGAAGCGAUGGGCGCUCACACUGCUCGGGUACGAUUUCGACAUCGAGUUCGUAUCGACCAACAAUUUCGGGUACGCGGAUGUACUAUCGCGGCUCAUCAGUAACCACGAACGCCCAGAGGAAGAAUUCGUGGUAGCAAGCCUCAACGUUGAGCCUGAUCUUCAAUGCGUUCUGGACAGUAACCUCGAGCAGUUGCCAAUCACGUUCCAAAUGGUCAAGCAAGCCACGUCGGAGGACCCAUCGAUGCAGCAGCUCGUCCGGUUCAUCAAAACUGGGUGGCCGAAAAGCGGAAAAUCUAUUCACGAUUCGGCGCUACAAUCGUUCUUCCACCGGCGGGAGUCAUUAUCAGUAGUUCAAGGCUGCGUGAUGAUGAUGGAACGACUGGUAAUUUUGGAGCGCUUCCGGAAAAAGCUGCUGAAGCAACUACACCGAGGUCAUCCCGGCAUCGAGCGAGUCAAGGCCAUCGCUCGGGGUAGUAUCUACUGGCCGAACAUUGACGACGACAUCGGUGAGUACGUUCGCAACUGUUCCAGCUGUGCAAAUGCGCAGAAAUCUCCACCACAAGCAGAGCCACAUCCGUGGCAGAGCGCUGAAGGACCUUGGGAGCGCAUUCAUGUCGACUACGCUGGACCGACAAAUGGGUUCAGUUAUCUGGUUGUGGUCGACUCGUUUUCCAAGUGGGCGGAGAUUUUCCUGACGAAAUCGACAACUGCUUCUACAACGAUUGGUUUCCUUCAAGAGGCUUUUGCCAGAUUCGGCAUACCGAAAGUGAUUGUGUCCGACAACGGAACGCAGUUCACCGGCUACGAAUUCCGUUCCUUCUGCGAGAACUUGGGCAUCAUCCACCUGCGCACCGCACCGUUCCAUCCCCAGUCGAACGGGCAAGCGGAAAGGUUCGUCGACACGCUCAAGAGGUCACUCCGCAAAAUCCAGGAGGGAGAAGGAUUACCAGCAUCUGCCGCACUCCAAACGUUUCUGCAGGUGUAUCGAGCAACUCCAUCCGACCUGCUCGAGCAGGGUGUCUAUACUCAAUUAUGA